AUGAUCCUUAUAUUAUUUACCGUCAAUACGAAUCUCAUAUCAACACUCCUUUCACUAGGAUCACUCAUUACCUACCUCGUGCUCCCUAAUGCGACGAUAUACGGAGGGAUCUCGUUUAUUUUUCCUAAAUCAUAUCUCAACUCGUUUCUGGCAAUUCUCAACUCCAGAGACUUUCUUCGGGAGAAGAUGGAUGACCGUUCACAGACAGGGCAAUCUUCCAUUCCAUAUUUUGCAGGCCAAAGUACUACUGAAGCUACAUCGACCGCUGGGGAACAGUUUGAGUUAUCGCUGGCCGCUGCUGUUGGUACUUCGACGUCCAAAGUGUGA